CAUCAUCCUUGCAUACAGUACGUCUUGUCCGAGGUAGAGGGACCUUUAUACAGACUGUAGAUCUAGAGUUCAUGAUCUAAAACAUACAUGUCACAGCAUACCGUCAUAGACAUGCCAUCAUCUCUCGCUACCACCGGCUCAGACAAGUAUUCUGUCAUCUUACCGACAUACAACGAAAGACGUAAUCUACCCAUCAUCGUUUGGCUUCUCGCUCGGACUUUCGAAACCAGUGGAAUAUCAUGGGAGGUGAUAGUGGUAGAUGAUGCUAGUCCUGAUGGUACGCAAGAAGUAGCUCGGCAAUUAGCAACGGUUUAUGGGGAGGAUAGAGUGAUUCUCAAACCCCGCGCUGGGAAACUCGGUCUUGGGACGGCAUAUGUUCACGGAUUGAACUUUUGCACGGGAAACUUUGUCAUCAUCAUGGAUGCUGAUUUCUCUCAUCACCCAAAAUUUAUACCCGAAUUCAUCAGACAACAAAAACUACACAAUCUCGAUAUAGUUACAGGAACUAGGUAUUCUUCCUAUUCCAAACCUUUCUCAAAAGAUGUAGGUCUAGGACCUGGUGGAGUACACGGAUGGGAUUUGAAAAGAAAAUUAGUAUCGCGAGGUGCGAAUUUCUUAGCGGAUACUUUGCUUCGACCUGGGGUUAGUGAUUUGACUGGAAGUUUUCGAUUAUAUCGAACAAACGUCAUAAAAGACAUUAUAUCAAGAUGUACUUCUAAAGGUUAUGUAUUCCAAAUGGAAAUCAUCGUCAGAGCUCGUUCUCUUGGUUAUACAGUAGGAGAAGUACCUAUAACAUUUGUCGAUAGGAUAUUUGGUGAAAGUAAAUUAUCUGGGAAUGAGAUUGUUGGUUAUGCUAAAGGUGUUGCUGGUUUAUGGUGGACUGUAUGAAAAAGAUGGAAUUUCUUUC